AUGAUGAACUUCACCAACCUCUCCAUCCUCGCCCUCGCGGCACUCGGCUCAGUCAACGCCCUGCCCCAAAGCAUGCCCUCGUCCACCAACACCCCCGCCCCUCCAGCGCCCACGGACCAAGCCGCGCUCUUCCGCGACCUCUUCACCGCACCCACAGCCAUUAAGCGAUUCCAGCGCCUCCUCGUGCAGGGCGACGCGCUCCUCGCCGGCCCCGCCCUCAAGGCCCUCACAGUCUUCGACUUCAAUGGCGCGACCCCCGCGCCCGGCGCAGAAGGCGGCGCCACAAAGGCCGCCAACAUCGAAACCUUCCCCAUCCUCACGGGUCUGGACAUCAGCACGACGCUCGGCUUCCUGGAGCCCUGCGGCAUCAACACGCCGCACGUGCACCCGCGGGCAACCGAGUUCCUGACGCUGGUCGAAGGCUCGAACCUCAAGUUUGGCUACGUGCUCGAGAACGGACUUGUGGGCGCAGACAACAACCCGGAGAUUGCGGGCGCGCUGAGCAAGUUCCAGGGCACCGUGUUCCCGCAGGGCAGCAUCCACUUCCAGUUCAACGACGACUGCGAGAAGGCGACGUUUGUGGCGACGCUGAACAGCGAGGACCCGGGCACCAGCCAGGUUGCGCAGAACUUUUUUGCGCUGGACGCCCAGGUGCUGGGUGCUACUCUUGGGCUGCCCAAGGAGAUCAAUGGCGUCAAUAUCGAGGAGUUCCGCAAGUCCAUCCCCGCCAAUCUUGCGCGCGAUAUGGAUGUUUGUCUGCAGCGGUGCAAGAAGAACUGA